AGUGUGAGGCUGAUGAGAGUGCGCACAUGUUCUAAGUUUGAAGGAGAAAGGAUGCUGUCUGUGUGACUGGAGACCGACAGACAGCGGUGCAGAGUGGCAAACUUUCAGAGGGGGAUGUGUUUUCUUUGCAACCGCACAUUUUCCUCCUUGGUUAUUUUCGGAGUCAGUUCAAUCCAGCAGAGGUUAAGCUUUUCAAUAAAUCCACGUCAAAGGGAAAAAAAACAUCAUGGUGUCAUUCAUCUCAGCAGUAAAAAUGUCUUGCCAGAUGCCAAAGACAUGCCUUUAAUAACAAAGCGUUUCUAGCACUUAAUGUCUUAGCAAACAUCAUGCUCAGUUUUAAAUCACCGAAUCAAACAAUGUGUGGCAGGGUGGUUAUCACAGAUGUCUCACAGCUUUGAGGUUGUGAUUUUAAAUCUAGGCUCUGGCCUUCCUGUGUGGUGUUGACAUGACCACCCCAAAACCUGUUGAUCAGCUUUAACAGACAGCUGUGACACAGUUGUUUUUUGUUGUUGUUGAUGUUGUUUUUCAAAAUAGCUAUACUUUAUAAGCAUAAUGAAAUGUCUUGGUGAAGCGGGUUGUCCCAUAUUUAGUCAAUCAAAAUUCCAACAAAGUCCCUACAUGCUUGUAUGUUUCUGUAUGUAUGUGGCCCACAGGAAGACAUUUGGACUCCCCUCAUGUUAACUGAAGCUGAUAGACUCAAAUCUGAGGAGGUGAAAGAGUAAAUUGCUUGAAGCAGUAUAAAUGUGCACAUUGGAUUUUGUCAAGUGGCGAAUGACCUGGUCAUGAGUGGAAGCCCAUCACACCAGGUGGAGUGACAUGCAGUGGAUUGUGAUCGCUACGUAGGAGUCACGCAUGAUGAAUCCCGGAAGGGAGAGAUCACACUUGAUUCUUGCAUCCAUUCUUGAGUAAAAGAAGCAGGCAAGAUAACAAGUCUCGGUAGGUCCCACGAGAGACCUUGUGUUCACUGGUGAAUAAUGACUGCAAGGUUAAGUGAGCAAUUUGGCAUCGCCGAAUCAACGGUGGCUCACCAAUGUACUGUCCAACGUUCAAGUUCUUGUGAUUGUGUCUUUCCCUUUAAUUGCAUUGCAAUGCAAUACCACAUUGACCAAAGCAUACACCCACCAGUUAUACAAAUCAACAUUCCAAUUUAUCAAUUUGAAUGCUCGUAACAAGAUACUUGUGGUACAGUGAAUAUCCAAAGUCUGUAAACCUUGUUCAAAUAACUGUUUUGUGUGAUUUGGAAGAAGAAGAAGAAGAAAAGACAAAUAUGAAUCGUUUCAAAAUGUUUUACACCAUAAAGGGCAGUGUUGUGUCCAAGGACCGGCAACCCGAGGCCAAGGCCAAGGACCAAGGACUUGACUCCGAGGCCAAGGCCGAGGACCGAGGACCGGCCUUUGGUCCUCGAGCCGGUCCUCGAGGCCAAGGACCGGCUCGAGGAACACAUCACUGAUAAAGGGUGAUGGAAACCCCAAGGAGAGCAGUCCUUUCAUCAACAGCUGUGCCUCUAGUGAUUUGGAGAAGAGCCAGCAGUAUGAUGGCAAGAACAUGGCCCUGUUUGAGGAGGAGAUGGAUACCAGUCCGAUGGUGUCCUCUUUGCUCAGCAGCCUUGCCAACUACUCCAACCUGCCAACAGGGAGCAAAGAGCAUGAGGAGGCUGAGAACAAUGAGGAGGGUACACGUCCAUCUAAAAAACCCAUCAAGGCUCCACAACUGGGAACACUGAUGGGUGUUUACUUGCCAUGUAUUCAGAAUAUUUUUGGUGUGAUCCUCUUCUUGCGUAUGACCUGGAUGGUCGGGAUUGGAGGCGUCCUUGGGUCCUUCAUUAUUGUCUUCAUGUGUUGUUCCACAACUAUGCUCACGGCCAUCUCCAUGAGUGCCAUUGCCACAAACGGAGUGGUCCCGGCUGGGGGUUCCUACUACAUGAUCUCUCGCUCACUUGGGCCUGAGUUCGGUGGCGCUGUUGGGAUUUGUUUCUACUUGGGCACAACCUUUGCUGGUGCCAUGUACAUACUUGGUUGUAUUGAAAUCCUCCUGAUUUAUAUUGUUCCUCAGGCAGCCAUCUUCAAGAUCGAGGGCUUGGAAGGGCUGGAAGCAGAGGCCGCCCUCCUAAAUAAUAUGCGGGUAUACGGCACCAUAGUUCUCAGCUUCAUGGCUCUGGUGGUGUUUGUCGGGGUGAAAUAUGUCAACAAGCUGGCGCUGGUCUUCCUCGCUUGUGUCAUCCUCUCCAUCCUGGCUGUCUAUGUCGGAGUCAUCAAGACCGCCUUUGACCCACCCGUCUUCCCUGUGUGCCUCCUGGGAAAUAGAACCCUCGUCUCCAAGGGCUAUGACGUCUGUGCAAAAGUCAUUGAAAUCGACAACGAGACAGUCACCACCCAACUGUGGCGCUCUUUCUGUGAUUCUGACUACAUCAACGCCACUUGCGAUGACUACUUCCGUGACAACAACAUCACAGAGAUACAAGGCAUUCCAGGAGUCACUAGUGGAAUCCUGGCAGAAAACUUGUUCGGCAAUUAUUUGGAAAAAGGAGUGAUUGUAGAGAAGAGAGGACUUGCAUCCCAAGCCGACCCGGACAGUUCUGCUUCCAGCACUAACCGCUUUGUGCUCGCUGACAUAACUAGCUUCUUCACUUUGCUGGUGGGAAUAUACUUCCCAUCUGUCACAGGUAUCAUGGCGGGUUCCAACCGCUCUGGAGACCUACGUGAUGCUCAGAAAUCCAUCCCCAUUGGCACCAUUGCAGCCAUCACAACCACAUCUGCUGUGUAUAUGUCCUGUGUGGUGCUCUUUGGUGCUUGUAUAGAGGGUGUGGUCCUCAGGGACAAGUUUGGUGAAGGGGUGAACGGUAACCUGGUGAUCGGGACUCUGGCAUGGCCAUCUCCGUGGGUCAUUGUUUUUGGGUCAUUUUUCUCCACCUGUGGAGCUGGGCUCCAGAGUCUUACCGGAGCGCCACGCCUUCUGCAGGCUAUCUCAAGAGACGGUAUCAUUCCAUUUCUUCGAGUCUUUGGACAUGGUAAAGCCAAUGGGGAGCCCACCUGGGCCCUCCUGCUCACAGCGAGCAUUUGUGAGAUUGGCAUCAUCAUUGCUUCUUUAGAUGCCGUUGCGCCCAUCCUCUCCAUGUUCUUCUUGAUGUGCUACAUGUUUGUUAACCUUGCCUGUGCGCUCCAAACCUUACUGAGGACUCCAAACUGGAGGCCACGUUUUAAGUUCUACCACUGGGCUCUAUCAUUCCUGGGUAUGAGCUUGUGUCUGUCACUUAUGUUCAUCUGCUCCUGGUAUUAUGCCAUUGUUGCCAUGGGAAUUGCCAGCUGCAUCUACAAAUACAUUGAAUUCUGUGGAGCUGAGAAAGAGUGGGGUGAUGGGAUACGUGGCAUUUCCCUGAGCGCUGCUCGAUUUGCUCUCAUGAGGUUGGAGGAGGGACCACCACAUACCAAGAACUGGAGGCCUCAAAUCCUGGUUCUUGUCAGUAUGGAUGCCGAGCAAAAUGUCGAGCAGCCUCGUCUGAUCUCGUUAACAAAUCAGCUGAAAGCAGGGAAGGGUCUCACUAUCGUUGGCACCGCUGUUCAAGGAAAAUUCCUUGACAACUACACCGAGGCUCAAAGGGCAGACCAGUCUUUGCGGAAACUGAUGGAGACAGAGAAGGUGAAGGGCUUCCCCCAAGUGGUCAUAUCCUCCAAUUUAAGAGAUGGGACAUCACACUUGAUCCAGGUUGGAGGGCUUGGAGGUUUGAAGCACAACACAGUGAUGGUCAGUUGGCCACAUAGCUGGAAACAGCCUGAGUCCCACCAACAAUUCCGUGAUUUUAUUGAGGUGGUCAGAGAGACCACGGCGGCCAGUUUGGCCUUGUUGGUUCCCAAAAACAUCUCUAGCUACCCGUCCAAUGGAGAGCGCUUCACUGAAGGACACAUAGAUGUGUGGUGGAUAGUCCAUGAUGGAGGCAUGCUGAUGCUUCUUCCCUUCCUGCUGCGUCAGCAUAAGGUGUGGAGGAAAUGCAAGAUGCGCAUUUUCACUGUGGCUCAGUUGGAUGACAACAGUAUUCAGAUGAAAAAGGAUGUCAUAACUUUCCUCUACCACCUGCGCAUUGAUGCUCAGGUGGAAGUUGUGGAGAUGCACGACAGUGACAUCUCAGCCUACACCUAUGAAAAGACACUUGUAAUGGAACAGCGCUCACAGAUCCUCAAGCAGAUGCAUCUGACCAAGAAUGAGAUGGAGCGAGAGAUUCAGAGCAUAACAGAUUCGUCUCGUGGGUCCAUUCGGCGUAAAAAAUCCUUUGCCUCACGCUCACAACACAGCACUGAGGAAGGAGCCAGAGUGGGCGAACAUCCAGAAGAGGAGGUGCAGCUCAUCCACAAUAAGAACGCCUCAACACCUACCAGCCCUACCAGCCCCACUGCCCCUGCUGGGGUUGGAAGAACCUGGACAGACAAUAAGGAAGUUCACAAGGGGAAGAAUCUGGAGGCGGGCAAAGACCCCUUCAGCAUGAAACCGGAAUGGGAAAACUUGAACCAGACUGACGUGAGGCGCAUGCACACGGCUUUGCGACUCAAUGAGGUCAUCAUCAAAAAAUCCAAGGAGGCUAAGCUCGUCCUGCUCAACAUGCCUGGACCCCCCAAAAAUCGGACAGGUGAAGAAAACUACAUGGAGUUCCUGGAGGUCCUCACAGAGGGUCUAAAUCGGGUUCUCCUCGUCCGCGGAGGGGGACGUGAGGUCAUUACCAUCUACUCCUGAAUCUAUUUUAGCCAGAGGUUCUGCCCGUGACACCCAGCGAGUCUCACAAAACCUAACCCAUGGAUAAACCGUGCAGGCGGCUCGAUCCUGAUUCAACAGCAUUUCAAUAAGGCUUUUAGUCCCACUCCUUCGUGAGGAAUGUUCCCGUCUUUUUCAUAUUCUCACGUGUUGUUUAAAUGUUUGCAAUAUUUAUUCAACUUAAAAUGUAUCUUUUUCUUUUUGUUGUCGUUGAAUUGUUUCUAUGGAGGCACACAGGUUAAGUGACAUUGGACUCAACAUCAACUUGAUAUGUAUUUGUAACAGAGUGUUGACAAGCAGUCAGACUACAUUGUAAAUUUGGAGAGCUAAAACAUGAUACACUGGUUAAAUAUCAACAGUCAACGAUUAUAAUGAUCAUGUGAUAUUACCUGAAGGAAGCUCAUGUUUGAUGAACAGCUCAAAAAAACGUUGAGCCUAUGCGCACAUCUUUUUUUUUUUACUACCACUUUUAUCAGUAGUGAUUGUUGAAGUUAUUGAACCGCACUGCAGUUUGUUGCCUCAAUUGCUUGAAAAAUGUGCAAGUGAAUGUUUGUGGAUGAUGGGAGUUUAAGUUCUGUUCCAUUAAUUAAGCGUAGUGAUCAGUUUUCCCUUUCAACAGACAGAAAUGAAGGUGCAUGUAAAAAUGUUAUACCCCAUUAUUGUGUGUAUGUGUGCGCGUGUGUGUGUGUGUGUGUCUGUGUGUGUGCGUGUGUGUGUGCGUGUGUGCGUGCGUGUGCUAGAGAGAACCUGAAGAGUGUACCAAAUAAUUUAUGUAAAUAUUAAAUAUUAUAAUGCAAUUAUCUAAAUGUCAUUUUAGACGUAGGAAAAUAAAUUGUGUGGCAAGUGUA